AUGGCCCAUUCGGUUUGUGACGUCCAGACAGUCUCGAUCCUAGGGAAACCUUCGAUCCGGCUCGGCUACCACCUUGCCCCUUAUAUCGCCCAUACCGUACUCACCGAACUGCAUUCUUCGACCUAUGUCCUCAUCACCGACAGCAACGUUUCCCCACGACAUGUGCCCGCACUCAAAGCUGCUUUCGAGAACCAACUGCCCAAGUCUGCCCGUCUGCUCACUUACAUCCUUCCACCCGGCGAACAGAGCAAAUCUCGAGAGAUGAAGGCCGUCCUCGAGGAUUGGCUACUCGAUCACCGUUGCACCCGGGAUACCGUCGUUCUAGCUCUAGGCGGUGGUGUGAUCGGCGAUCUGAUCGGUUUCGUCAGUGCUACGUUUAUGCGUGGGAUCAGGUUUUGUCAAAUACCUACCACCCUUUUGGCCAUGGUCGAUUCCUCUGUUGGGGGCAAAACUGCAAUUGAUACCCCACUCGGCAAGAAUUUGGUCGGCGCAUUUUGGCAGCCAUCCUUCAUCUUUAUCGAUGCGUCCUAUCUGGAAACCUUACCCGAGCGAGAAUUCGUGAAUGGUAUGGCGGAAAUGAUCAAAACUGCUGCAAUCUGGGAUGAAUCACAAUUCGAAAAUUGGAAUCCAACUCGCUCUCAAGCACAGAAAUUACUACUCCAAGUCAUUGCCGAUUCGGUGGGCGUCAAGUCAGAAGUGGUCACGAAAGAUGAAAAGGAGACUGGACUCCGAAAUCUGGUCAAUUUCGGACACACGAUCGGCCAUGCUAUCGAAGCUGUAUUGACUCCUGCGAUUCUCCAUGGCGAAUGUGUUUCGAUUGGAAUGAUUCUAGAGGCUGAGGUCGCUCGUGCACGCGGCUGUUUAUCCUCAAGCGCUAUUGCCCGUCUAAGCAAAUGUCUCAAGGCCCAUGGCUUACCGGUCUCCUUAACUGAUCCCAGAAUCCUCAGCUCACCCAACGCCCCCAAUCUUAAUCUCGACCGACUCUUAGAUCUAAUGAGCGUGGAUAAGAAAAACGAGGGCAAGAUCAAGAAGAUCGUCCUGUUGUCCAGGAUCGGUAAAACCUUUGAAGAGCGGGCCACAGGUGUUGAAGAUAGCCUCAUCAGACGAGUCUUAGCUCCAGCGGUCCGAGUCCAUCCAGGGCCACCCCCAGCCAACAUCAAGGAAGUCACCCUCCGAACACCGGGGAGCAAGUCGAUCUCCAAUCGUGCAUUGAUCCUUGCCGCUUUGGGACAUGGAACCUGUCGUCUCAAAAAUCUCUUGCAUUCGGAUGAUACUCAGGUCAUGAUCAAUGCACUCGAAGAAAUGAAAGGCGCUAGUUUCUCCUGGGAAGAUAACGGUGCCACACUUGUGGUUUCUGGUGGGGCUGGUAAGCUCUCGUCACCCGCGAAUGGGAAACAUGUGUAUCUCGGUAAUGCAGGCACUGCUGCAAGAUUUUUGACGACCGUCUGCUCACUUGUCAAAUCUCAAGUUUCGAAUCAAAGCUCAACAGUAAUCACCGGAAAUGCAAGGAUGCAAGAACGUCCUAUCGGACCCCUUGUGGACGCUCUCCGUACUAAUGGGGUUCAGAUUGAUUAUCUGCGCAACGAAGGCUGCCUGCCUCUUCGAAUAAGUCCUGAGGAUGGCUUCCCCGGUGGAAUGAUCGAAUUAGCGGCCUCCGUGUCAUCCCAAUACGUUUCCUCAGUCUUGCUCUCAGCCCCUUUCGCCCAAGCUCCCGUGACGCUCUCUUUGGUCGGAGGUACUGUGAUCUCACAGCCAUACAUUGAUAUUACGAUUUCCAUGAUGUCUACUUUUGGAAUACAAGUCGAGCGUCUCAACAAUCCAGCUACUGGGCUUCCUUCAAACACUUAUCGGAUACCCAACGGUACUUACAAGAACCCCCCGGUUUAUGAGAUCGAGAGUGACGCAAGUAGUGCAACAUACCCGCUGGCCAUGGCCGCCUUGAACGGUCUUAGUAUCACUUUGGAAACUAUUGGCUCUGGAUCCCUUCAAGGCGACGCUCAAUUUGCCAAGAAGGUGCUGGAGCCUAUGGGAUGUCAGGUGAUUCAGACGGAAAGAGAGACAAAGGUUAUCGGACCCAGCACUGUCUCCGAAUUACGACAACUUGGGGAAAUCGACAUGGAGGAGAUGACCGAUGCUUUCCUGACUGCUUGUGUUGUACUUGGUGUUGCGGUUCAGCCCUCGGAAAAAGAGCAAAAAAUGUCCACCAGGAUCAUUGGAAUUGCCAAUCAGCGAGUCAAGGAAUGCAAUCGAAUCGCAGCCAUGGUGGCCGAAUUAGGCAAGAUGGGUAUUCAUGCUCAGGAGCUUGAAGAUGGGAUCGAGGUGUUUGGCACACCGGUCGAUGCGCUAGCCAAACGUGGCGAUCAAGUCCGUAUCAAUUGUUAUGAUGACCAUCGAAUUGCGAUGGCCUUUAGUGUCCUGGGAACGGUCCCUGGCGGUAAAGGCUUGAUCCUCAACGAAAAACGGUGUGUCGAGAAAACGUGGCCCAGCUGGUGGGAUGAUCUUUCGACCAAACUGGGUAUUCAGCUCGAUGGAGUCCCUGCUCAUGAGAAGCUAACUAAUACGACUUCGGCAGUCGCAUGGGAAGCUAAGAAACCAGAAACUCCAUCCAUUCUGUUGUGCGGAAUGAGAGGAUCGGGUAAAUCUUUCUCGGGUCAAGUGGCAGCCAGCACUUUAGGCUGGCCGCUAAUCGACACGGACUUGUACUUUCAAGAAAAGUGUGGCUGCUCGAUUCGUGAAUUCAUUCAAAAGAAUGAUUGGUCGCACUUCCGAGAAGAAGAGUGCGCUGUACUCAAAGAGAUCCUGAAGGAGUUUCCUUCUCGUCAUGUUAUCUCACUCGGUGGAGGAAUCGUUGAAACCGAGAAAGGGAGGAAGAUGUUGAUGGAUUACGCCAACUCAAAAGGCCCGGUGGUUGAGAUCAUCAGACCGGUGGAAGAAGUGAUUGCAUACCUCAACGAAGAUGGCAAUCGACCCAGUCUUGGCGAAUCAAUCGAACAAAUUUGGGCACGUCGAGAACCUUGGUAUCGACUCUGCUCGAACUCAGAAUAUUUCAACCUCGUUCACCCAACUAUUGAUCAUGCGCUCAUCUCAGAAGUUCAACACGCCAAGCGGGCUAUGCGACAGUUCUUCCGGUUCAUCACUGGCGUUGACACAAACCAUGUCUUACUUGAUCCCCCAGUACCCCGGAACACCCAUUUCCUUUGCCUCACAUUCCCUUCCUUGAGCCCUUGUCGAGAAGAAGACAAGAACAUCCUUGACCGCUUCGAAGAGCUUACCGUUGGAUGUGAUGCAGUAGAGUUGAGGGUAGACCUUCUAUCGACAUCUGGCAAAGCACCUACCAGCCCAUCCAUUCCGCCAACUGAAUUUGUGGUCAAGCAGGUUGCAGCAUUACGCAGACUAACCACUCUGCCGAUCAUCUAUACGGUUCGAACGUGCUCCCAGGGCGGGAUGUUUCCGGAUGGCCAACCGGAGGAAUGGUGUAAAUUGGCUGCGAUGGGUUUUAGAACUGGUUGUGAGUAUGUGGACAUCGAGUUGGGUCUUUCGCCGGAGCAACAGAAAGCGCUAUGCAGCCAGAAGGGUCAUUCAAAGAUCAUCGCCUCCUACCAUGACUUUUCUGGUCGUUUGAAGUGGGACUCCAGCGAGAUGAUCCAGCGUUAUCACGAGCUGAAGGCCUAUGGUGAUAUGGUCAAGUUGGUCUCCCGGGCAGCCGAUGGAUUGGAAGAUAACCUGGCCAUGCUCGAGUUUAGGAAGAAACACGCGACUCUUCAAAAGGACCGACAGUCACUGAUCACCAUCAACAUGGGAAGAUCCGGACAGAUGUCUCGGAUUCUGUCUCCGGUUCUAAGUCCAACCACUCACCCAUUAUUGCCCGGUCCCCCAGCUGCACCCGGACAACUAUCCUUCCGCCAGAUCCAAACGGCCCAGGGACUGUUGGGACAGAUCAUCCCGAAACAGUUUUGGUUAUUUGGAGCUCCAAUCGGUCAAUCCCGCUCACCCUUGAUCCAUGGAACUGGUUUUGAUACCCUUGGUCUUGAAGGUUAUCGGUACCAGAAGUGUGAGACCAGCUCGGUGACUGACAGUACUGUCUUGGAGAAAAUCCAUGCGAGCGACUUUGGAGGGGCCUCGGUUACGAUCCCGCUCAAGGUGGAGAUUAUCAAGUAUCUCGAUCAAUUAACACCCGAUGCUCAAGCCGUUGGUGCAGUCAAUACGAUUGUUCCGGUCUCUCAACGCAAUGGGAAGAUCAAGCUGCUAGGAGCUAAUACCGAUUGGGAAGCGAUCAAGACGAAGAUCGAGGCUAAUCUACCGGCACAACAAGCAUUAGGAUUGAUCACUCCCAGUCAAUUAGUCAGGGCAGCAGGCGUGGUCAUUGGUGCGGGGGGCACAGCUCGCGCAGCGGUCUAUGCACUGCAUUCACUUGGGUAUGAGCAGAUCUAUAUCCACAACCGGACGCGAUCCAAAGCAGAAGAGGUUGCGAAGGCGUUCCCGAGUUAUUUUGGGAUCCGGGUGAUUGACAGUCUUGGGUUCCUGUGUUCAGGGGAAGAAGGGGUAUGGCAACCUUCAGCCAUCGUCUCAGCUGUGCCGGCCCAGGCAACCCGUCUGUCAGACGACCCGCCCUCCGACAGACUUGAGAUCCCCCGCGGCCUCUUCGACAGACCCGGCGGUGGGGUGGUGAUCGAGAUGAGCUACUCUCUUGGGAAGGACUCGCCGCUCUUGAGAGCCGUCCAGGAUCUCGUCGGCUGGAAAUCUGUCGAUGGACUCGAGCUCUUGGUCGAACAGGGCGCAAGACAGUUUCAGCUCUGGACUGGAAAACACCUCUCAAUGAAGAUCGUCUCUCAAGCCGUCUAUCAGGAGGCUUCUUCUGAUUAGUUUUCUUGCUUCUUUGUUCCUCUCUUCCUCUGCCUGCUCAAUUUUUUUUGUUUUCUCAUUCUUAUGUUUCUCCUUUUCUUGCAAAAAAAAAUAGCUUAUUGAAAUAGAGUUUCCAUCCUUUUGCUUUGGUUAUUUUCUUGUGUUUCCUUUCCAUUUCUGUUUGAUAUUCAUUUUCAUUUUCAUUUUCAUUUUCUUGAUGGUUUGUUAUGAAUUCAUGUGGUUGUUGGCCAAAAACAACCACUUAAUAAUGUCAGAAAAAAAAAGAACAGCUUAGCACAUGAUAUCAACAUUUGAAAGUUAGGAUCAGACCAUGUUUUUGUGAUUGAUCAUUUAAUAACAAUAUCUGGGCAGUGUUA